AUGGGCUUGCUUAACAACUUGGUGGACCAGUUCACCCAUCAGGGUGCUCAUGGGCAUAGUCAAGGCCAAGGGUACGGCCAGUCUCCUUACAGCCAGCAACCAUAUGGCCAACAACCCUACGGACAGCAAAAUGGCCAGCAACAGUCCGGAGGGUAUCCUCGCCCGUCUUAUAUGAACGACCGACCAAACCCCCCUGAGCCAUGGAUAACUGAGUGGGAUCUUUCAGCCAAUACUUGGGUCUUCAUCAAUAGGCAGACUGGACAGCGAACUCACGAGUUUCCUCGAGGCGGCGGCAAUUGGUAUCCCCCACCAGCUCACGGAUACGGCGCUGGAGGAGGCGCUUACCCGCCGCCUCAGCAAGGGUACUCUCCGGGCCAAGGAGAUUAUCCUCCUGGGUCACAAGGCUAUGGCCUGCAAGAGGGAUACGGUGGCCCACCACAACAGCAGCAAUAUCAGCAGCCGCCAUCGCAGCAGAAGAAGGACCACUCUGGCCGGAACACAGCCCUAGGGGUGAUGGCUGGCAUUGCUGGAGGCGCUUUACUAGUGCACGAAGGUCAUAAAGUUGAGGAGAAAUGGGAUGAGGAUAAGUACAGAGCUGAGGAACGCUUUGAUGAAGAGAAGUAUAGAGUGGAGGACCGUUUCGAAGAAGACAAGUAUCGAGCGGAAGAUCGAUUCGACGACGACAGAUACAGAAUGGAAGAGCGGUUGGAAGAUUUCCCUGACGAUGCUGCGCGCUGGACUGGUCGGAAGGUGCGGGAGGUUGAAGACAUUCCGGCUGAUGUGGCUGGUUGGGUCGGGCGUAAAGAAGGCGACGUAGAAAGAUUCGGGGAUGGGAUUGAAGAUGCCUAUGAUGAUGGUAGAGAUGAAGCUAGGUACGAAGAUGAUGACGACAGGCGAGACAAUGAUAGGUGGUAG